AUGAAGAUUUUCUCCUUGUUGUUGGCAGUGCUCCUCACAGAAGCCUCCGGAAAAGCAAGCGAAGAGAAAUUCAAGCUCAGCGAAGAUUGUAUACACAAGCAUCCAAAUCAUCAACUGCCAAAUAUAGCAGAAAUUCUUACCUUGACCUCAAAUCAAACACUGCUCGUCCGCAAAAACCGCCCAAAAGAGUUCAGGGGUGACACAAAACUUUCCAGCGACCAGAAAAAAUCCUUUGCGAAGCUCCUAAAAUCCGCCUCUUCCAGCUGCCAAUUCACCUCAAAAGACAAGCUCUUCGCAUUCGUUCAAUCUGCCAACGGAAAUGAUCAAAUAUGGCUAUUGGAGCAUGACAAAAAGCGCGAAAAGCGAAUUAAAAUGGCCAAGAAAAGCAUCCAUUACGAAAUCAAGAAGCCAAAGAAAGUACAGACAUUGGAAAAUCGCUCUCGCGUCACCUUCAGAAUUCCGAUAACGCCCCUCGAUGGGAAUACCGCAAAGCUGGGUAAAAACUUUCAGCCAUUUAUGCUGGAUUCAAGGGCUACGAACUCGCAUUGUUUUGAAAAUCCUAUCUGGAAAGCAACGACGAAAAAAGUUACGAAAAAGUACAUCGAAUACUCCAUCAAAUCUUUCAAUGAAGAUUGUCACGGAGCUGGAUUCGAUUUCAAGUUCUUCUCGUCUUCUGGUCCCAUCGAAAAAUUGAUAAAACUCGAGUCAAAAGCGACCCAAGAAACUUGCUCCAACAACUUUGACUUGAUAACCAGGCUGGAUAAAUCAUCUUCUGCUUCGUACGUCUUUAAAAGAGACGUUCAAAAGCCACACGAAGACUGGUGCAAUGCAGGACAAGAAUGCUUGGAAAACGGAGGACAAAUAUGCUUCAACAAAAAGCUUCAAGAAGCUAAGUGCGAGUGUCCAUCAGGAAGAGAAGGAAAAUGCUGCCAGCAGCUGGUCGAUAUAGUUAGAAAUACCACUCCUACUACUCCUGUUCCUGCGAUAACGACGCAAUGGGCAGCGAUUGGGCUCUCCAUUUUCAUUAUUACAGUGAUGCUCUUCGGCCUGGUGGUCUAUCAAUGCUUCAAUCAACGAAGACAAACUCAACGACGCAAUUUCAGCCGAAAAGCCAAGUCGCACACUACCGGAAUCGUGGCCCCAUUGCCGAGAAGACCAUCACAAGCUGUUUCGGGAAUGACGCAGUCUAGCAGACAUGACGAUGUUUUGUCGAAUAGCAAUUCGAAUGGAACUGGAAACGGCUUUCUUCACGAAUCGCUCAAUCAUGGCGACUUUGACAAGACGAUUAGGAAGCCGAAUUGGUAUGGAAACAAACCCAGCCAUAUGCCCGGCAGCGGGAUGAACAAUGGUCUCUUUCAUCCGAACCAGUCAGUCGUGAGCGACGAGACAACUCUUCCCAACAUUUCACAAAUCCAGCAAGACCAGAAUCAGUCAAGAUCAAGGAAACCACUCAUCUACGCGCCCUCCGAAGGUGAUAUCGACGACAAAGAAAACAUGCUGUGA